AUGAACCACACUGGAGAUCUGGUUGGCUCUGAGCAAGUCAUCAUGGCCUAUUCAGAUGGUCAGGUCACUGCUGGAGAUAUUUCUCAUGCCCUAUUCUAUGCCAAUUCGCAUUUGUUGGCCAUGCGCCUGUAUGUGUACAAGAGCUUUUCCACUUCCCUUCCUGGAUAUGCAGAAGCUUUCCACAAACUCAUGAAAUGGGAAAUGGAGACCUUUGUCACGCCUUUCAUCAAUAUAUCCUUCCUCAGCAGGUGCUCCGCUGUCAUUCCAACACCCCUUCAUCAUGUGAUUGCAAUCAUGAUUGCACAUACAUUGGUGGACCGGCAGCCGGAUGUCACUGAGUUUUUGACGGAUAUCAAAGCAUUGAACCUCUCUGUGCACUGCAAGGAGUCAGAUGAAUAUGACAUUGCUUGUAUGCCCGACUACUUUAAUGCAUGGUGGAAGGACAAUCUUACCUCUUGCAAGGUGUCAGACAUGUUGCCAAAGUCAUCUGUCCAAGAUGUGAUGGAGUUGGUUGAGGGCCAUUUUGUAGAACUUCCGGAUCAUGUGGAAACCGGCCUUCUUCCAUAUAUGCUCAAGCUUGGUCCGGUUCAUACACCGGAGACAAUCGGAUCAGUAUCACUUGCAGAGUGCCGUCAGAUGGCAAUUGGUAAAGAUCUCAUGGAAAUAUUGCAAGGGAGAAUGAUGAAACUUACACAUUCAAGUGAUAGGUUGGCAUGCUUAGCUGGGCCAGUUGAGGAGAUCAUGAGGGCUGUGGUUUCCUCACAGAUGCUCAUGGACCGGUUGAAUGCAGAUGACAGUGCAUCCAAAGGACAGUCGAGCAUAAUGUGA